AUGACGUUAGAAAACCACAAGAACGAUAAAUCACUAGCCAUUGAAGUCAAUGACCUCACAUAUGAAUUCCCUCGAGGAAAUAAUAGUAGUAGCGCACCAUUGAAAAUCGGUUUGCAAGAUAUUACCCUUCAAAUACCAUGGGGCACCACCAAUUUGAUCAUAGGUCCCAACGGAGCUGGGAAAUCAACUUUAUUACGUAUACUCGCCGGUAAAACAUUGAUCAAAAAGGGCAAAUUGAAAAUUGGUGGAUUUGAUCCGUUUGAAUUUUCGACUGGAGAACGACACUAUAACGCCGAUAUCAACAAUUACAUUACCUAUUUGGGCACAGAAUGGAUUACAAAUUCUGUGAUCAAACGAGAUAUACCUGUCAACCUUUUGCUCAGCUCAAUUGGAGGUGAGAUUUAUGAAGAACGUAGAAACUUAUUGAUUGGUAUAUUGGAUAUUGACCCGUCGUGGUCCAUGAUUAGUUUAUCAGAUGGAGAAAGAAGACGUGUUCAAAUAGCCAUGGGAUUAGUCAAGCCUUGGAAAUUAUUGCUCUUGGAUGAAGUUACUAUUGAUUUGGACGUUGUUGUGCGACUGAAGUUGUUGAAUUAUUUAAAACUGGAGUGCUUUAAUCGAAAUUGUACUGUUGUGUAUGCCACCCAUAUAUUCGAUGGGCUAGGCAAUGAAUGGUGUGAUCGAUUGUUGCAUAUUGAUUCAGGGUUGUUAUUAAAUGAUAUAAAGAUGAAUCAAGUUGAGUUCAAAAGUAAUGCGGACAGAGAUGUUAGCAUUGAACAUGAUAAAAUUGCCAUAACAAAAUCCAAUACCUUGCACCCGUUGGCAUUACAUUGGUUAUCUGAGGAUUUAAAUAGGCGUGGCCUGAGACAAGAUGAAAAAGAAAAGAUACGCAAGAGACAUAACGAUUGGGUCAAUUCUCGCGAUGGGUCCUAUUUUGAUGCCAGUGAUGAUAAGUUGAAGCAGUAUUUUAAGAACACUCGAAGUGAAAGGUAA